CCGGAGCGUUGUACAUCUCCCCACUCAUCUCUGUCGCCUAAAACCGUAGCGUUGUGCAUCUCCCUACUGAUCUCUGCCUAAAAUCGUAGCAUUGUGCAUCUCCCUACUCAUCUCUGGAGCAUUUCAGAACAUUUCCCUUCUCAGCUUUGUGUAGUUCUGGUAUAUCUUCUCAUUGGAGGAGUCAGCCAUAAGGAAAGGAAGGAAGGAAGCUUUGUGUAGUAUACACGUGGUUUUAGCAAAUUUUGUUUAUUCAUUAUAUUCACUGAAAAAUGACGAAAGUAAGGAAAGUUAAACGUAGGAAGAAGUUUCGAGUAAAUGUAAACCGUAAAAGAUUACGGAAUAAGUUACGAAAGUUACCUGCAAUAGGAUGUGAGGAAAUAAAAGAAGCCUGGGAAGUAAAAAAAUCAACACGGAGUAAUUUAGGCGAAAUGGGCUUGGCGUAUAAUCCAAAUGAAAUAUUAAAGAUACCUAAUACAAAACGGGAACUCAUAAACAGUGUUAAAGAUAAAUUUAAAGAUACAGAGCAUGAUGAAGAUGAUGAUGAAGAAAUGAAGAAGGGUCCACCUGCAAAGAUUCAUGUUGCAGAGAAACUUGAGUCUGAAGCAAAAGCUCCCAGAGUAUGCUUGUUUAAAUUGCCUAAAAAUGAAGUUCAAUUCGCCACAUAUAUGAUGGACAAGUAUGGUGAUAACUAUAAGGCAAUGGUGAGAGAUCGGAAAAAUUACUACCAAUUGACUUGGCGCCAAAUACGAUCAAAAAUAAAUAGAUUUAAAGGUAUUCCUGAGCAGUAUGCUGAGUAUUUACUGAAAAGGGGUGAAAUAGUCUUGGAUGAUCCUGAGCCUUUGGAAGAAACAAGACGCAAAAUUGCAUUGGAAAAUAUUCAGAAGCAUUGUAUUCCGAAAAAACCAAAACAGAAAACAAAAAAACCUCUCUGGGAAGUAGAAUCUAUUAAUGGCGACGAUAUAGACCAUAAUAUCGAAGAAGAACCUGAAGAAAUUCCAUGUGAAAACAAUGAAACAACAAAAAAUGUUAUUGUAGAUGUCACUCAAAAUGAUUCGCAAAAGAAAUUGAAGUUAUUCUCAGACAAUGAAUCUGAUGAUGAAAAUGAAAGUGGAUUAAAUAAUAAAAAAUUAAAGUCAGGGAGUAUCAUCGAUAAAAGUAUAACACAGAAACGUGAAGCAAAGGAUAGCUUUCAUACUGACAAAGUAGAGAAUAAAACAACCAAAAAUAAUAAGCGAAUGGAAACUCUGAAAAAAAUGUGUUUUAGUGAAAGUGACACUGAAGAGGAAUUUGAAGGUGACGAUGAUGAAACGGGAUUCGUGGGUUUAAGUGACAUGAGUGAAGAGGGGUUGUCCGAUGAUGAUAUUUUGGAUGAUGGUGAAUUCGUUACAGACAGUAACGAAGAGAGUGAUUAACAUUCAAAGAAAAUAUUUUGUAAUUGAGUCCGUAUACUGCGGGUAUGUUGGAAAUAUUGUAAAUAUGUUGACUUACAUUGAUAAAAUGAUUAUCAUCAUUA